CCCGGGAAAGUUACAAGACUUGCAGAUGUCCCCUGCUAGCGAAACAUUUCACUGUUUCAGGUCAGUCUCAAUCAAGACUACGGACGCAGCCAUGCACACAAUAUAGAAUCGAAAUAACACCCCCACCCCAUGCCCCACAUUAACCAACCUGUGUAGCUAGAACUGCAUCAAUGGUUCUUUUUGGUCAAAAACCCUGUAUAUGUGACGUGUUGGCUAGUUUUUAGUUAAAUGAGCUAACUACGCCCCUCUGUGUACACACAUUAAGUUAAAGUGCUGAGCUCUUUCGUUCACACGCUUUGUCAGAGACAUAGCAUGGAGAAAAUAACGGAGAAACUUUUAUUGGAGAGAUGCACGCCAAAAACCUCGAAUCUGGAACAAAUAAAGAUACUCAACCUUUCAAAGUUGGGCCUUAAGAGUGAGGACUUGCCUGUUCCAUUGCUCUCUCGCCUCAAAUGUUUGGAACAGUUGGACUUAUCUGGGAACUCUCUCGAAGAGAUGCCCCAGGGUAUGUGUCUGCCCUCCUUGCUCAAACUGGACCUAAGCAACAAUGACCUGGAGGAUGUCACCACACUUGAAUCGCUGACCUCAUUGGAGGAGCUGAAAGUUGAAGAUAACCUAUACCUUACAGUCAAUGACAACUACAAGCUGAUGGUGCUCCUGCCUAAGAUGAGGGUUUAUAAUGGGAAGGACAUUAGCACCACAGCCAACCAUGUACGCUUCAUCGCCGGAGAGAACCUUAGGACCAAGGUGGUGGCCGUGUGGGAGAGUGAUGUCAUCCCUAACCCCGCCAUGGGAGAGGAAAUUGCCAAAGUGAAGAGAGAUUUCGUCAAAAAGGCUGUCCAUCAGGUCCAAUACGGUCCAAAGUCCAUUAAUGGCUACACUAAAUGGAGGGUGGAAAGGAUAGCUACAGAGUUCUUUGACUCUCUGAUUCAGUCUAAAGACAAGACUCCCAAAAGAAAACACUCAACAUCUGCAUCUGACUCUGACUUUGGCACCCCUCAGAGAAAAAUAAAAGUUAUUUCCCAAGAUACGGUGGAGGCUAGCCCACGCAAGUCUAUCCGCGUACAGAACACCCCUCAGAAAGUGGACCGGUCCACUACAGCAAGCCCCCGUAAAGCAGUGCACGCUCCAGCCACUCCCUCCAGGGUGCUGCCAGAGGAUAGCCCGCGGAAAUCCAACCGUAUACUCAACACCCCUCAGAAAGUGGACCAGACCAGUGCAGCUAGCCCACGUCAAGCAGUGCAGUCCUCCUCCACCCCCACUAGGGUGCAGCCUAGACGAUCGGAGACCCCAAGGAAAGCAUUGAAAGAGCAGCAGCUCAAAGCGGACACACCACCUGCCAAACAGAGCAAGACGCAUACCAAGACCGUACAACACAGAGGGGUCGAUGGGAGCAAUAGAACGCCAACUAAAAAUGUGUACUCCGUGCCUAAGGAGCCGGUGAGUCUGAAGCCCCACUGUGCUCUGCAGUGUCACAGUAGAAACAACAGCCCCGACGACCUCAGCACCCAGCUGUGGGCUUGUGCCUUCCAGCCGCCUCCUGGUUUCUCAGGUAGCGCUGCGAGUGGAGAGAGUCGUGUAGUGGCCACCUGUGGGGGAGAUUCUGUGUGUUUAAUCGACUGCGAUACAGGAAAGGUGUUGAAGAAACACAAGGUUCCUGGAGAGGAGUUCUUCUCCCUCGCGUGGUCGUUGGUGCUGAUGUCGCGGGAGGGAGGUGGCAGUGCGCGGCCUUGCCGUAUCUUGGCGGCGGGGGGCAAGAGGGGCAUGGUGAAACUGAUCCACCCCAGAGCCAACCUGGCAUACGGAGAGUUCCGCGCCAGCCGCAAAGCCAUCUCAAUCCUGCGCUUCAGCCCACAGCAGGGCAACUUCCUGUUCACUGGAACUUAUGAUAAAAGAAUCAUGAUGUGGGACAUCGGUGGAGUGGACAGCGAGUACAAUUUCAAAGUCAUUCAGCUGCUGGUGUUGGAGGCCUCCUCCACACCCCUACACCUCUGCCUGGCCCCCUCAAGCCCAGACACGCACCUCCUAGCUGCCUGUGAGGACGGCCUGCACUGCUACAACAUCCAGCUCAGCAAGAACACCAUGAACAGGUCUGCUGAAUAUGAGGUCACCUUCCCUGUGUAUGACAAGGAGGACAAGGACACUGAUUACCACACCAUUGAUGGCCUGGCAUUUCUCAGUGAUGAUAUUGUUGCCUCUAAAAGCCACAUGCAGGGCUCCAUCUACCUGUGGAGCUGGAGAGACACAUGCACCCAGCGGCCCAGUAAGAAGAAGCAGGUGUGCGCUGUGAUCCUGGCAGAGCUGCAGUGGGCCAACACGGACAUCCCCUACCUGUCUCUCAACACCUGCCCCAGCAAGGGCUACGUGGUGUGUGGGGACGACAAGGGGAGACUAUGGAGGUACCAUGUCACAGACCUCCCCAAUACCAGCUCACAGAGCAGGAAGACUGUCCCAGCUACAGAGAUUGUGGAGUGGCCAGUAGAGGACAAAGUUGUGGGGGCUUCAAUCAACAGCGUAGCCAUGGACCCUGACCUCCAGUACACGGUGGCCCUCACAGAUAAGAACAUUGUGGUCAUUUUGAAGAGAGCUGAGUGCUGAGGAACAGGAAGACAUCAGCAGCUGGGCCUCAGCAGUCAUGAGACUGCAUCCCAAUACUUCUGCAGGGCAGCUUUUCAGUCUCCUUUCCCCUCGCAUCUGAGCAUGUGUAGUUGGACCUCGUUUCCUGGUUUAUGAAGAAAAAAAAAAAAAAAAACUGUUCAGUCUGUAUUAUAGUGUUGAUCAGUGAUGUGGGUAUACAAAUGCGUCUCAGUAUAUCCUUGACUUUUACUCUCCUUGAAACUCAAUGUUACCAGUGGGUUUGGCAGCAACUGGCAAGAUGAAGAGUAUGUGCACAAACAGGUUGAUGAAACCAAAUAUGUUUGACUGUAUUGUGUUUUCAUUGUUUUACUUUUUAACUUUUUACAUUUUUAAUUGUUCAGAGAAAAAUAACAAGGAUGUUGCAAAUUUAGUAUUGUUCAACAUGGCUAAUGUUUUAGAUGCAUGAAUACACAUGCAGAUGACCCAGUUGGUAAUUGAGUUGCUAAUGGCAGGACAAGUUAUGGGCUCAAUAAACCACAUUGCAAUACAUGUGUAGCCAUGUGGCGUAUUCCUUAACAUCAG